AUGCUGUGCCAGGUGGUCUUCGAGGGCAAGUCGGUCACGCGGGGGACUUUUGACUCGUGGCGGCUGUUCAAGUUCACCCUGCUGGGCGGCGCGCUCGUCGGGCCCGUCCUGCACAACUGGUACCUGACGCUGGCGAACAUCGUGAAGGUGCCGGGCACGGCGGGCGUGGUGGCGCGCCUGGUGCUCGACCAGGGGGUGUUUGCUCCGUUUUUCAUUUCUACCUUCAUCGCGUGCCUGAUGGCCAUGGACGGCGACCUCGCGAACGUGCCGGCGAAGCUCCGGCAGGACCUCGGCGAGACGGUCGUCACGAACUGGAAGAUCUGGCUGCCCUUCCAGUUCCUUAACUUCCGCUUUGUCCCUCAGCAGUUCCAGGUGCUGGCCGCCAACGUCGUCGCGCUCGUCUGGAACGUGUGCCUGAGCUUCAUUUCCAACAGGGCCGUCGAGGACCCGGCGGCCGCGGGCGCGAAGAAGGCCUGA